UGUUUCUGGCAAAGGAGGUCUCAUAAGGUUACCGGGUUGUGCUUAUACAGAGCCGUAUACUCUCUAGCAAUGAACACGCGCUUGCAUUUAGGUUCACGCUCUGUAUGCUGUUUUCAGGGAUUGCAGAUUUGUCACCGAAUAUUUUUUCCGGCUCCCUGUAAGAUUGGCGAAGGCACGUGACUCGUAUCCCCAUUCAUAGUGAGAGGUACACUUAAUCCGCUAUUUCGGGUGCAGAAAUAUUUUCAGGCUCACUGAGUAUCUGAAUCAACCCCCGGUUAUUGCAAGAAAAAUUUCCACUGGUAAGAUUCAGUGUCCAAUUAUCACGAUUAUAAUACUCUUCGGUGAAAGUCUUCAAAUGCCUUUUCCUACUAAAUUAAAGUUCAAGACGAUGCCACCAGAUCUUGGUACAAAUCAUGUGCUGCCAGCCAAACACAGAUGCCGAUUCCCGGACAGGUAGAAACCCCUAAUUGAAAUAUAAUUAGUUCAAAUGCCAGAUUCAAGAACCUCCUACGUGGGCCGAGUAGGUCGGUGAGCAAUGCCGUGUGACCUGUAUUUGCAUUUCUUAACGAGUGAAAUUAUUAUUACCACUGCGCUGCUUAACCAGGAAUAAAGCCUGACUGAAUCUCAAGAAUAUAUUUUAGGAGGGUCCUGACAAGUACUGCUGCUGUGUAAUCCCAAUUGAGUAAUUUGCAGCGUAAAUUUCAGAAUGGGGUCAUUUAGGUUAUUAUAGUUACAAAGUGGAAAUGUUUUUGUAGCUAUGGGCGGAAACUGUAGAACCCGGAGGAAACACGUGCAGAACAAACGCAGAGAAUAAAAACUCAGCACACUCACUCUCCAUAACAGGGGGCGAUAUCAUUCACACUCCACCAAUUCACUGCAGAACAGAGGGAGAACACACAAACUACACUCACUCACUGUCACUCCACAGAACAGGGUGAGAACACACAAACUCCACUCAUUAUACAGAACAAGGGGAGAACAUACAAACUCACUCUCACUGCAGAACAGGGGAAGAACACACAAACUCCAUUCACUCUCACCAGAACAGGGGAAAACACACACAUUGCACUCCCUCACUCUACAGAACGGAAAGAGAACAUACACUUCACAGAACAGGGGGAGAACAAACAAACUUCGCACAGAGAAAGGCACCCAGGUGAAGAAUCGAACCCAGGUCCUUCUGGUUGUGAGGCAAAAGUGUCACCACCACCACCACCCUGUGCGUGAGCGGAGUUACCGCCAAAGAGCCUUGGGGCACAUUCCGCGGUGAGUGACGUGGGACGGUGAGAGACGGCUCACCCUGCUCACUCACCGCGAGUCCGCAGGCCCCAGAGGCACCCUCGCUCCACUAGCGCGAGGCGGCGGCGCCAUGGAACGUGGACGGAACAGCGAUCAGGAGGCCUCGGCAGCAGAGUCAGCCCUGCAGGUUGUAGAAGGAGGGGGAGACGAAGACGUCUUUGAGCAGCCACUCACAAGAGAGCGAAGAGUGGCGAAGCUGAGGCAGCAACUUCACGAGACUCUCGCCGAUCUGGAGAAACUUUGCAAGGAGGCCAAGAGUGAUGAGGUGACCGCGACAUUGAGCGACGGCCUCGUGCGGGUGGACGAGAUGGUGAGGGACCUCUGUGAGCAAGUGGACGACUUCGACCAGGAAUCGCCCGGCGGGGACAUUGAGUUCUUCACCGGCUCGUCAGCGAGGGAGGUUGCCUGGCGGCGCCGAGAGGAUGAGUUGAGGGAGGAGUUGAACAACGAUUUCAAAAAGCAGGCGUCCAGACUGAGCCUACAGCACAAAAUCGAGAUGGGGGCCUUGAUCUGUGGCCACAAGAAGUCCAUUGACAAGUACUUGGAGCACAAGGUGAAGGCCGAGCAGCACGCAAAGCUCCUGCGAGAGGUCAACAAGGAACUGGGGCUGAAGGCCAAGGGCUUGAAGCGCCGCGCCGAACUGAUGCAGCAGACAAUGCAGGGUCUGCGUGAGCAGCUGGCGCUGGCACUCAACGCCAACACAGAGCUUGAGUUCGAAUCACUGCAGGAGGUGGAGAACUACCGUGUGCGGGUGGACAUGAUGGAGCGCGACGCCAAGGAGAGCGAGCGGCUGCGUUAUAGUGAGGACGAUGUCAAGAGGCUCGUGGAGGACCUGGAGAGGAGCCAUAUGCGGGAACUGGAGGAGGUCGUAGAGGAAGAGCGGGGCCGGCGGGCGGAGGAAUAUGUGGCGAUGCAGAGUGACCUUCGCUCCGAGCAUCGGAAGGAAAUGGAACUCGCAGAACUACAGAUGGAUGCACUGAGGCAGGCGUUGGAACAAAGGCACUCGCAACCGCUUCCGGCAUUGGCUGCAGACGGGGAAGGGGAGAGUGGCGAGGCUUCGAACAAACACACUGCGAAUGUCGAGGCUCGUGCUGAGCUGGAGGCCGAGAGCUCGAGUCGGGAGCAGCAGCAGCAGGAGGAGAAGGGGAAGCAGGAGGAAAAGCGAUACUUCGAGUACGGUCAGCAGCUGGCUGCCUUACAGGAGGAGCUGGUGCAUGUUCUCUCACUCCUGAACGACACCAACGCUGCUGGAGGUGAUGCGGAGGAGGCUCCUCGAGGUGCCAACGGCAAUUCAAUCGCCGACGCCAAGAGCGCCAGCGUGAAAACGGUCACGUUGAGUCCAGAGCUACAGCAACUGCUUGCGGUAAGGGGGCUAUGCCGAGCACUACGGCAGCGUCUCGGCGCUCUACCGCAGCAGUGCAGAGACAUCGUGCCCCUGUCAGCGCUCACGACGUCGCCAGAGGAACUCUCCGUUUUCGAGCAGGAGAGGGCGUCCCUGAAGGAGCAGCUACAGACUCACCAAGAGAAGGGAAGAGGAGAGCUCCCUGGGGAGGCGGCGGUGAAAGGCGGCACGGCGGACGUUCAUGACGGAGCGGCAGAGUCGUUGGAGGAGCUGGGGAGGUCUUCCCUCAAGCUUGAGCAGUUUCCCAGCAGCCUGCAGGCCCAGAGGGCAGCUCUGCAGAAGGAGCGGGAGGAGGUGUUCCGAGCCGGCUGGCGCCUGCGGGAGCUGCUGCUCGAGUGCGGCCACCUCGUCCGGGGCGCGCCCAGCCCCGGGCCCUCCCCGGGCCGUGGGCGUGCCGAAGGGGCGGCUCCCGUUGCUGACGAGCCUCUGAGUCUGUGGGCCCUGCUGGAGGAGCUGGAGACUCGACUGAGGACCCAAGUCUCUGCAGACACCACGUCGCUACAGGGAGCCACAGUCCAACUCUUCACCAUCUCGGAGGAGCCCGAGGAAGCCGCCUCUGAUGUGGCGAACCCGGAGAAGCCAAGGAAGAAAGAGAAACUCAAGAAAGCGCUCCGGGACAAGAAGGCGCGGGCCGCUCGCACUGCGGCCGACGUGCCACCGCCACCACGGCCCCUUCUGCUGGGCCCCAAUGGGGCUUUGCCGGCCUCCAUGGAGCCGGCCCCCGAGGGUUCGGUGUGGGCGGGAGGCGCCGAGCUGGGCGUGUGCGAGGUGCUCACCACCGUGCCGCUGCCGCCCGGCGUAGUCGCACCGCCUGGCGCCGAGGGCCGCAUCAGCGUGCGCACGCGGAUCUUCCGCUACCACGAUGAGGCGGACGAUGCGAGCGGGGCGCGCAUUGCCACCGAGAUCGUGCUGCCUACACCACCGUACCGGAGUGAACAGGGGUACGAGGUGGAGACCAGGCUCAUACAGGACACUACGAGGACGGGCGCCAGGGUGGCGCGCGAGAUCACGAGCCGAGUGGAGAGCGAUGCACGGAGCGGCAAAAUCCCGAAGCAAACACGAGGCUCGCUGGGCAACUCGACGGAAGGUCUGCCAGGCUUGCCGGGUGGCCCUCAGCUAAGAACAGCAACGGACACAGACCACCCACAGCCGGAAGGCGGCAUGACGGAGCCGGUGGGGAGCAGCCUCUCGGCAGGGAAGCGUCAAACCGAACGAGAUAGCAAAGGAGAUAACAAUGAAGGAGAUGCCGUGGAACCAAAAUCUCUGGCGGACGGGCAGCUCGGAAGGCUGCAGGCAGACACAAGGGAGCUUGGCUCCCUCAUGGCUCAGAAGGAUUCGGAAAUCGAGUCUCUGCUGGUGCAGCUGAAGAGCCGCGAGGAGGAGGCCCAUAGCCUGCACGACCAGGUCUCCAACAUGGCCUCUGAGCUGCACGCACUGCACGGGCAGAUCCAGGAGAUGGCACGGCAGAGGAGUCAGCUGGAGGCCACGGAAAGCGACAAAAUGGCUCUGAGAAAUAACCUGACAAAAGGGGACUUGAAUGGUCCGCCAGAGCACUCUGCUAAUGAGGCUGGGAAUGGGAUGCUCAGCAGCCAGGUCUCUGAUAAAGAUGCACCAAAGGGAUCGGUGAACUCUCCCGGGAAGGAGUUUGGGAAUGACGAGGGAUGUGAUGGUGACAAUGAUAAUAAUAGUAGUAACGUGGACGAUGACACCAACGUCGGGGCUCUGUCAAAAAUCAACGAGCGCAUAGAAGAGCUUGAAGAAACAAUCCGUGAGAGAGACAGCGAGAUCGGCGCAAUGGGUCGUCAGGUGCAGGAGCUGAGGCUCCAGCUGCAGGAGCGUUCCGCAAUGGGGGAGGCGGCCGCCACCGCCUCCUCCUCCACUCAGACCGACGGUCACACCGACCCCGAAGCUCUGGUGGGCAGCGAUGGACCUCAGCAGUCCCACACACGGUCGGUGCAGGCUGAAGGCGACGAUCCGAACGCGGUGGCGACACGUCCGGUGGGAGAAGAUGGCGGCAUUGUGCAGAGAGGGCCCCCCGAGGGCCGCCCCAUCGUGGGUGACAUGGCCGGCGGCCUUCAGCUCUCAGCGAAGCAGCUGGGUCCUAGCAGAGAGAGCGACGGGCUCGGCUCCGAAGAAAACGCGCGGCAGCAAGACCCACGGCCACCGGAGGGCGAGGGCACAACCCACGGCGAUGGCAGUGCAGAUCGCCAUGGAGACGUGGAGCAGCAGCCGGGUAGUGGCAUGGAGGAGGAGGAAGACGAGGAGAGGUUCCAUCGGCGCCUCCUGGAGGAUGAGGAUGUUAAGAUGCUGCUUACUCGCAUCAGGCAGACUGACCAGGAGCUGGUUCACGUCAACUUACAGCUCGCCCAGCAGGGCGCUCCUCUAGGGGACAGUAGCCUGCUGAGCCAGCUGCUGCGCCAGUUGGCGGGGCUCACGGAGCACGUGUGCUCACUCACCGCCGAAAAGGCGGCCCUGCGCCGGACCGUACUCGCCAUGGAAAGGGAGAAUGGGCACAUUGGGAACGCCCACCCGGCACGACGGGCCAACACGGAGCCUGGUGGCCACGCCAGUGGCCAGCCGGGCGUGGGAGAGGCUCACGAUGGGAGACACGUGCAGGAGGAAGAGGAGGAGCGGGAGGAUUGUGAGCAAGACCCUUUUGAGUCUGGAUGCAUCCCUACGCCGUCCGUGCCAGCUGACAAGUUUGCCGAGGUGUACGAGCAGUUCCUGCAGAGCGAGCGACACCGGCGAUCACUCAUCUUCCAGAAGCAGUACCUGCUGCUCGCGCUGAGCUGGGAGCUGGGGCGGAGAGACGGUGGGGGGGGGAUGACGGCGAUGACAGCGACGGCGGGGAGUGGCACGGCCCUCAAGAGGCUGCGCACCGCCGUCAGGGCCGUCAUGGCUGCACGCAGGUUUCAGCUGCAAGGCCAUGACAGGCAGCUCUACUACCAGCUCCCAGGGGCCCAGCAGGAGCACCAAGCCUUGAUCCCCUCUCCAUACAUGGACUGUGAUGGCUGCUGUCUGCAUGGGAGCGCUCGCCACUUAUCCAGGGUGUCGUCAUGCGUGUCUUUAGACGGCGACGGACGCCGCCAAGGCCGGCGGCGUGGGCACGGGCGUGCCUGCGCAUGCGCGCUGUGCGCUGGCGACCAUGGCGACCCCGACAAGGCCCUGCUCGACUACAUCAGCAAGCUGGAUGACAUCCAGCUGAGGCUGGGCCAGCACUACGCAGAGCCGCUGCUGGUGCAAUACAGGAGCAAACGGAUUUAGCCUGGCUUGUGGACAACCCAGCACCAGCACGGGAACUCCCUCCCAGCGACGCGCCCGGCAGACCCACCUCCGGUUGACGACGCGGUGAUACCCUCCGUUGGCAACUCGGCACAAGCACCAGCAGUGUGAGGAAAGUGUGAAUUUAUUGUUAUAUGAUAACUGGCGGUCUUGGUAACUAUGAUCAGAAUGAUUACCGGUUCCAAAAGUCAGGAGGCGGAAAUCGUUUCCAGUAGAGCGUUAGUGAUGAAUGAAUGGACCAAUUCUCCUGCCUGAAUCUACAGCCAUCUGGAACGAUCUUCUUUCUGAUAUUAGGAUGCCACUGGACCUAUGCACUUUUAAAUCUAGAUUGAAAACUAAUUUCUUUAGAACUGCUUUUAGUGUUUAGUUUGUUGUCCUUCCCCCGCACCUCCGCUUAGCACAGUUGCGAAAGAAGUUCAACAUACAUAGGAACUGCAUGGCACUUGCCACUCUUGAUCUGCUAUCUAUGGGAUCCUUUUUGUUAGGAUGAAAAUGAUUAAACAAAUUAAAGGCUUUACCCUUUCCAGCAAGAAUACAGGAGGUGUUAAUAUGUCCAAACACCAAAUAGACACCUAUGAUCACAAGGCAUCAAGUCUGCAUUAGCCACACCGUUUUUCAUCAUCUUCAUACCGGCACAAAGGGUCCCAUAGAUAUAACUGCUCCACUCGAAUGGUUAAUGCUUUGAUAUUUGCAUUGUCUUUUCCCACAUCUCCAAUUCACUUGGUUUGCUAUGUAUGCUGCAAAAUAAGUUCUAUAUAUACAUAUGUUUUUGAGCUGUUGGCCUUUUAGCAUUGUCUUCUGGUGUAACACCAGUGAGAUAAGGGCAUACAGAAAGCUGUCUCUGGUGUAAGCCAAUCCGUUUCAAGGACAAUACAUGCAUGGUUAGCAAAAUAUGUUUGUUUGCAUGUUUUACAACAAGGAUGUGUAGUUAAUUUAGACUUGAUGCCUUGCAAUAGGUGUCUGUGGUGUUUGGUCAUCUUAAAACCUCCUGUAUUAUUGCCACAAAGGGUAAAGCCAUUUAUUUUUUCAUGAUCUCGAUCUCUUCUUCCACUGUCCUCGAAGAGGUAGGCAUACCCAUACUUUACCUCACUACACUCAACCUGCCGAUCGACUGGUUGUGUUUAACUUGCUUGUAACUGCCGUCUUGGGAGGUAGGAGUUUAACCGGUGACCUCUGCAAUGUAAGUCCAGGAUGCGAACCGUUACGCCACCGCUGUUUUUUAGUAAAAAUUGUAAAAAAGUUGUGUUUAUUGCUAACGAUUCUGCCAUGCGAUAUUCAAUGCCGUUUUGUCAAAACAAGUUGUAACCGUUAAAUAUCCCGUGACCUCAUCCAAAGAAAAGGGGUAAUUGGCAACCACGAUUACAGUUUAGAGUUUGGUUUAUGCCACAUUCCUUGUUCAGUGGAGCAAAAUUAUCUGGGCAUAACACUGCCCCAGUCAUAAGGUCCUGUUCUUAUCUGUCACGAGAUCUUGCCAACACACUUCAAAUAGUCAACAAGUCGAAGCGAGUUUCUACUCAAAUUAGCAUUUGAUGUCCUGGUACUCACCUUGAUUUGAAGCUUUCGUGACUGCAGGAAUCCAUACUCUUUGGUUCUUUCGGUAAAGUCACGUAGGUAGAAUAUUAAUAGAUCACGA